CCGUGGACACACCUUGCAUGUCUUUCCUGUGGCUCAAGUGACUCCCACGGAAGUCACAACCUCGCGACCGGAUCCCGAAUUCGAACAACUGGUUUUGCCCAUGGCCUGGCACCCCACGCCCGUUUGGUGCCCAGACACACUGGCGCCGCCGCUGGCGCCGCCGCUGGCGCUGGCGCUGCCGGGCGCACUCGGCGGGCCGGUCAUGAUGGCGCCGGCGGCACCGUGGCCAAUGCCGCCAAUGAUGCCGGUGCCCAUGGGGCCCAUGGCUGGAGAGGCAAUGAUGGAAUUGGAGGCGCCAAACCUCCAGAUGCUUCCAAUGCCUAUGCCCGCGCCAGGCCUCAGCUGCGGUGACUUGCACAAUGCAAUGUCCGCUGCCAGCUGCGCCACCAACGCCUGUGGAGGCUUCGUACCCCUGGCUGCGCGCCAGGUCUCUCCGGGCUUGUGGUGCGUCCUCCUGAGCGACCCGCAGCUUCAAGCGGCACAGGAGAUCCAGGAGCUGCCUGCCUUGCAGCCUCCCGAGGGCACCAGGAGCUUGUGCCUGGCCGAACACCUGGAGCCCAUUUUGGAAUCGCCGCCCGCCACGCCAAAGCGGCGGACCAUGCCCAAGCCGGAGGAGAUGCCCACACCCUCACCGGUGAGCUUUCGGACGUUGAGGGCGAAGGAAGAGUUGAACCAGCUGAGUUGCACGAAAGGCCUUGAAGGACUUCGACUCGAAUCCUUGGACCAGAAGUCCGGAGCACAGGCUUGGCUUGAUGCGGAACAACAUCUCCCGAUAGGGUCACCUGAGAAGGCAGAGCCACAGGUCGCCUGGUCUGCCCCAAAGUCAUCACAGUCGGCGGGUUGGGCGGCCGCUGCGGGUUGGGCGGCUGAGACAGCGGUCCAUCGCUGCCAAGCUCAGAAGGCAGCUUUGGAGCAGGAUCGUCAGGUGGAGCACGCCGGUGCCCAUGCGGAGCUUUCUCCACAGCGGGCCACCAGCGCGCAGCCGCGGCAUUGGGAGCGCCAUGCAUGGCAGUCUUGGGAGGUGCAGACGCCGUCGCAGACGCCGUGCCCGGCGCGCAAAAAGAAGUCUUGGAAGAAGUCGCAGACAGCCACGGUGAAGAUGUUUCGUCGCGACGAUCGCUCUUCACGCGAGGAAGGCCGCGGCCGCAAGCCAAGCAGCGAAGAACCCGAUGAUGAGCUCCAUCAGAGGACCGUGUGGCACUUGAUCGAGAAGGUUCUGCUGCAACGGCCCCAACUAGAGGCGGGCAAGCGCGUCACCGUGGAAAUUCCCGAGUGGAUCUUUGACGCGACGCAGAACGUGGCAUAUGACCAUUCCUCCGACCCCCGGCGCUCGAUGGUCAAUCGAGCCCUGCGCGGCAUGAGCAAGAAGCUGCCAGGGUGCUGCUGGACAGUGGACAUGGAGAACCAGGAAAUGCAAGUACACCUCGCAGAUGUUACUCGCUUUUCGCGCUUUUGCGACGGGAUGUGAGCACUGACAUCGCGAGAGGCGAUCCGGAUGCAACUACAAUGACCACUGAGGGAGAUUUGGGGUGGGCCCUUUGUCGCGGUGGACUUGGUAUGAGUCAAUGAAAGCCACCUAUUUGUGAACUCCGUCAUUUGCGCGUAUCCAUACCGGCAAUGAAGCCCCGUGAUUUUGAG